ACAGCUUGUCUGUUUCGCUACAACAUCCUGUCACUGGUUUAUUUCCUCUACCUGCUGCUGCUGCCAUGUUUCCUGUGUCCAAACAAACACACAAUCAGAGGACACACAGGUCGCUUUAUCAGAGCCGUUUUCUGCACCAGUCUUCUAUUUCUACUGGCUCACAUCUGCUUCCAGGCAGUACUAUAUACGUAUCCUCCUCUUGACUCCGCCAUCGGUGGUAACUGUUCACAAUGGGACACCAUAACCAGACAUAUAGGAAUAUCCAGGCUUCCCUUGGAUGAUCCUUGGAGUGUCUUACGCCUCCUGUGUCCUGACCUGGGUGUGUGUACAGUUGCCUUGAUAACAGUCAUCCUCUGCAGCAGAUUGGUCAGGAACAGAGAAAUGGUGGCUGCUGCCAAUAUUACAUCGUUAGAAGAUGAUCCAUCAGAUAAAACCACAGAUGAGGAUGAUGAUGAUGAUGAUGAUGAUGAGGAGGAGGAGGAGGAGGAGGAGGCAUCAGGAGAUGAAGAUGAAGAUGACAGGUCAUUACCUGGUGACCCUGAUGAGGAGGUUUCCACAGCAACCAAAGCCAAGCAGUUGGCUGAGCAUCUGAAGGCCAAGGCUCGGAAAGUUCUGCGGGACCUGGGAAGAGUUUUAGCCAUCAGCCUGCUGGCUUUGGCUGGCAUCACACUGCCCUCAGCCUUCUCAGCUAUCUACUUCCUGCUUUUUAUUGGUGUGUGCACUUGGUGGGCGUACCACCUUCCCAUCAGUCACCUGGGCUUCAAUGCGCUGUGUGUGAUGGUGGGCUUCUUCACUGCUGGUCACAUGGUUUGUCUGUAUUUGUACCAGAGUCUGCUUGCCCAGGCCCUGUUCCCCCCACACAGUCUGUGGGCCAGACUUUUUGGACUGAAGGACAUCAUCAUACCAGGAAAUUGCUCCUCACCCUAUGACCUAAAUCUCAAUGACAGUCACGAUUGGCCAAUUUAUGUCAACCCAGGAAUACUGUUCCUCCUCUAUAUAACCAUAGCAACGGUUCUCAAGACAGGAUGUCAUGGAACUCCUAACCAGGUUGAGGAGGAAAAGCAGCAAGAGAAAAGGGAGGAGUUAGAGGAGGAGAUGGUGGAGUUAAGAUCAUGGAAUCAACAGAAAGAUAACUGUGAAGAUGACACACAGCUCAUGCUCCUGUCAGUUGGAACAGGAAGCAGCAGAGGAGGAACUGUGGCUGAAGAGAGUCAGCCAGACCUGGGUGUUAGUGGUGUGGCCAGUGGCCAACAGAGUGAAAGUCCGUUUUAUCUGCUGGGAAAGGUGGUCAUGCAGCAGAGCUAUGUCUGUGCACUCAUAGCCAUGAUGGUUUGGAGCAUCACAUACCACAGCUGGCUGACCUUUGUGUUGCUGCUGUGGGCCUGUCUCAUCUGGAUCCUGCGUGCCAGACGGCAUGCAGCUACACUGUGCUCUCCAUUCAUCCUGCUCUAUGGCCUGGCUUUGUGCUGUCUGCAGUAUGUCUGGGCCAUGGAUCUUCAGCCUGAGCUACCCACCACUGUGGGAACCAUGAGCCUCAGACAACUGGGACUGGACAGGGCCAAGUACCCCUGUUUAAGACUUGGAGCUUUGCUUCUGUUCACUUUAACUUUCUGGCUGUUGGUACGUCAGUCAGUGAAGGAAAACUUCAGCAGGCAGAGGAAAAUGGCCACACCACUACAGGAAGUCACUACAGGAGCAGAGGGGGCCAGUAAUGAUUCAGUGCUGAAGGUUUUAGGAGGCAUGGUGAUGAGCUGUUAUGCCAAAUACUGGAUCUAUGUGUGUGGAGGGAUGUUCAUCAUGGUCUCCUUUGCUGGAAAACUUGUUGGAUACAAGAUCAUCUACAUGUUGCUGUUCCUGUUGUGCCUCUGUCUCUAUCAGGUGUACUAUUCUCUGUGGAGGCGUCUGUUGAAGCUUUUCUGGUGGCUUGUUGUGGCCUACACCAUGCUGGUGCUGAUCUCCAUCUACACUUACCAGUUUGAAGACUUCCCUCGAUACUGGCGGAACUUCACUGGUUUCACAGAAGAACAGCUGGCAGCCAUUGGUUUGGAGACGUUUGCUCUGUCCGAACUCUUCACCAGUAUUCUGAUCCCUGGCUUCUUCCUGCUGGCUUGUAUUCUGCAGCUACACUACUUCCACAAACCCUUCAUGAGAAUCACUAACCUGGAACAUGUUACCCCUAUAAACAAGAAGAAGAACAGUGAGAGAACUGAGCAGACUGGCUCUGAUAAUGUGGAAGUGAACUCUGAAGAAGAAGACCUGGUGACUAACAUGGAUGAGGAAUCUGAAGAUGAAGUGGAGUUGAUGCCCAGUAAGUGGGGUCUGGUGAUGGACAGACUCCUGGUUCUGUCAAGAAGAUUCUCUGACAUUCUCACCAAAGUUCAAGUGUUUCUCUGGAG